GCAGGCAAUAGGCACUUUCAGGGAAAGUUCAAAAGAAUGUCAGUAGACGAAGUGCAGCCCCCCUCCUCCUCCGUAUAGCAGAUACUGGAAGCAGCCGAGUAGGUGAGGGCUGGAGAUCUUCCUCACAUGCCCUAUGAAGAAGGAGAGUUUGUGUCCCCCGUGUAUUCCUUCCAUGGGUUGGUUUGCACCGCCUUUCUGACUGAGAGAUCAUACAAAGAUUCUGGCUUGAUCGUGAAUCCAUAUUACACCUGUAUCGAGAGAUAGAAGAUUAAUUGGAGCCAAUGACAAUUUCUAGCAUCAUUAUUGGAAUAAGUCAAUCUGCAUUUUCACGUCACUUAACAAAAGUCAUAGAGGCUAAGAUGAUUAUUUUUCCUUGCUAUGUUUGCUUACCAUCUACCCCAGAAGAAUGAAAAUCUUUAAAAUCAAAUUUCUAUAAGAUGGCUGCAAUGCCCAAUGUCCUAGGGACCAUCGACUGUACACAUGUUGCAGUAAGACCACUUCAAGCUCGUGAGGAGAUCUAUAGGAAUAGAAAGCAUUUCCAUUCCUUGAAUGUUCAGAUGAUCUGUGACCCCAACAUGAGGAUAAUCAGUGUCCGUUCAAACUACCCAGGCUCAUGUCAUGAUUCUUACAUCUUAAGGCAAACUGGCUUAUAUCGUAAGUUCAAGGACGGAGAUAUGCCCAAAGGAUGGCUUCUAGGAGAUGGAGGGUACUCAUGUACAGAAUGGCUGGUGACUCCCUAUAACAACCUACAAACCAGAAAUCAAGUUUGUUUCAAUGAAGCACAUCAAUCUACCAGGGGAUAAUUGAGAGGACUUUCGGUCUUUUGAAAAUGAGAUUUCGCUGUCUUGAUCAUUCUGGCGGCGCAAUGCAGUAUGCACCUGAGAAAGUUGCUAGAAUUAUAUUGGUUUGCUGCAUACUACAUAAUAUAGCAUUUUAAAGAGGCUGUCCAUUAGAGGAAGAAAACACCAUAUCUGCUUAACAUUGGGCCGAAGAAGAAGAAUUAUGUAGAUAACAACCUUAUAGGUGUGGUAUGGCAACAAGGGACAUGGUGUCAGAACAAUAUUUUGAUGAUUAAAUUUUAUGUCAUAAGUUGAUUAAUAAAAAAAAAAAAAUUUUAUAUA